AUGAAGAAGAAAACACCCAUCAUGAAGUUGCUCUCAAGCCUUCAAUAUUUUGGGUUGAUUUUGGGUUGUUUAUAUGUGGUUCAUUCACAAACAAUUCAAGACUCAUGCAUUACUUCCAUUCUUCCAAAUGUCUAUGCUCAAAUCCCUUUUGACACCUCUUCUCUCACUUGCUUCAAUGUUUGGCCCUCCGAAAACUUCCUUCUAAGAUACUCACAAGCGGGGCCAAGUUUAUGGAGUUUCGUGUUGUCAGCGCCCAACACCAAUUCGUACGUAGCGAUGGGUUUUUCGCCCAACGGCGGCAUGGUUGGCUCCAGCGCCAUAGUCGGUUGGUUGGUCGGUGGCAGUUCCGCCACCAUGAAAAGGUAUUAUCUUGGCGGAAAGACACCAAACCAAGUGGUGGUGGAUCAAGGAAACCUACGAGUUUUCCAGAACUCAUCUGCAAUCGUUUCGUUUUCGUCUCGGAUGUAUAUAGCAUUUCAAUUGGUCAUAGAUCAACCAAGUCAACAACUGGUAUACGCCGUCGGUGGCAAUAGUAAUCAAGCCCCAUCCCCGUCGAGCUACCAAUUGACAGUUCAUCGGAACCAAAUCACCGUUAGCUUCAAUUAUGACUCAGGUCAAGGUAGCCAAGUCAGUGCUCCGUAUUCAAAUUUAAAGAGAGUUCAUGGGAUCUUGAAUGCAGUAGGAUGGGGGGGAUUAAUCCUUAUUGGAGCUAUGAUUGCUCGUUACACAAGGCAUUUAGGUUCAAAAUGGUUUUAUGCACAUGCGUGCAUCCAAACUCUUGGGUUUAUUCUUGGAUUAUCGGGUGUAGUUGCAGGACUUAUUUUAAAUGAUCGUAUUGACGUCAAUGUUGCCAAGCAUAAAGCCAUUGGCAUAGUCAUCAUCACGCUUGGUUGUUUACAGAUUCUUGCUAUUUUGAUUAGGCCAAGUACUGAUUCGAAGAGGAGGAAAUUUUGGAAUUGGUAUCAUCACAAUGUAGGGCGGCUUUUGAUAGUAUUAGCAGUCUUCAACGUCUUUUAUGGUAUCAAUUUGGCGAAUGCGGGAAGCGAUUGGAACGUUCCUUAUGGGGUUUUUAUUGGAAUAAUUGUUACUGUUGCUUUAAGUUUGGAGUUGAGGUCGUUAACAGAAGAUUAAGGAACUUACUAGUUCUUCGUUAUGAUUUAUAAUUGUUAUACCUAUUCAUCUUAUUUCUCUUUUUUCAUC